AUGGCCCCUGAGUCUUGUCAGGAGGCUGAAGAUGCCGAGGAAAAGGCUUUCGCAUCCCUGGUGGACCGAGAACUGGUCAGCGGCCACGUGGGGCCUCCAGCCAGCGCCUCUCCUGACCGUGGGGCUCCCACAUGCCCUCAGGACACCAAGCCCAGCUCCACCAGGAUGGUCUCCUCUGUCAACCCGCAGUCUGCCCCGGAGUCCCUGGACCCCCACACUCUGCGGCUGCUGUGGAGGCAGCGAGAACGGGAGAUCCAGGCCCUGCGGUGGGCGAUCGAGAACCACUGGGAGGCCCGACACUGCCUUAUCCUGCAGGAAGUGGCUCGGCUUUCAGCCGAGAGGAGCUCGCGCAGCCGGAAGCUCUCGCAAAACCAGGUCCAAAAGCUGACCCUGGAGUUGGAAGAGCAGAAGGGACAGGCCCAGCUGGAGAAGGCACACCUGGAGGAGCAGCUGCUGCAGACCAGAAACACGCUUCGGCAGCUGGAGGCCGAGUUGCAGGCCUUGCAGAAGUCCUGCCUCCUGCAGCUGGCCCGCUCCUCCUGGGUGGGCCGCAUGCUGCGGUCUUCCACGGGCAGUGUGGAGGUGGUGACGGCAGAGACCCCGAUGGACCCCAGUGACCUCUCUGAGAAUGAUCGGCCCCCCACUGCUGGGGAGGGUUUCCCGCUGGAGAAUGUGAACUGGAACAGCAUCGCCCACUGGUACCCCAACCUCUUCACCAACCUCGAGUCCAGCUCAGAUCAACACUCCCUGCCCCUGGUGGGCACCAGCAGCUCCGGGGGUGCCGACUCCGAGUCCAGCAGCUGCCUGCUGGCUGCACGUUACCACGUGCAGAAAGUGACAGGGGACCCUCUCCAGGCGCCAGGCCACACUGCUGAGCAGAAGGAGGCACAGGCACAAAGCCUCUGCGGGAACAGUCGAGCAACAUGGGAAGGCCGCCUCUCCCUGGAUCUCCGGAAAACCCACUCGGACAGGCAGGGCAAGAAUGGCCAGGAGCCUGAGUCCCGUGCGGAUCCCCACCCCCGGCAUUACGGGCGCUGUCCAAGCCCCACGGGAUCCUGCCUGAAGAUCAUGGCGGUGAGCCACCGCCGGAGGUUCGUGCGCAUCCUCAACCAGUCGCUGGAGGAGACGGCCGACCUGGGUGGCUUCGUGCUGCAGCAGCUGGUGCGCGACUUCCCCGUGUGCAUGUACCGCUUCCCGCCCAGCACGCUGCUGGAGCCAAGGCAACACAUCACGGUGUGGGGCGAGGCGCCCAGCAGCACCAAGCGGCAGCCACCCUCCUCCUUGGGCCAGGAGCCCGUCCACUUCCACUCCAGCCGGGGCUGCGUGACCCUCCUCCUGAACCCCCAAGGCGAGGUCUUCAGCAAGCACCAGGCCGCUCACUGCGUGACCCCCGUGUGCAGGAUCUUCGCCGACAACACCGACUUGUCCAUCGACCGUUUCCGGCUCUCAGAGGCCUGGCCCGGUGCCGACCUCGCGAAGCAGCAGCCCCUGCCUCGACCCCCGCGCAAGGGUCGGGUGCAGGAGGCCCGGGCCGGGCGCCGGAGGCCGGGGACGCGGGUCCAGUUGCCCCGCCUGAGCACCAGAAAGCUCCUCCGCCAGAGAGAGGAGCCAGGGCGGCCCGAGGGCGCCGCCGAGACCCACCCAGAGCUCCUGCCCGCCAGCCCCAUCCCCGUCCCCGAGGCCGCGCUGGGCCUCGAGGACUGCCAGGCUAGGAAGGAACACAAGGUCCGGGUGAGUGCUGGCAGCGUGGACCGCGGCUGUCCGAUGGUGGCGCUGUCGGUGCAAAGCACGGCCGAGAGCAGGUUCGGCUUCCGCUUCCUCAGCUGCCCGCCCAUCACCUCGGACUCGCGCUGGCCGGUGUAG